UUCAUUGCCAGUCACCCGGUCUUCUUCGCCUCUGCACCGGUGCUCAUCUCCAUCCUGCUCGGCGCCAGCUUCAGCCGCUACCAGGUCGAAGAGAGCGUGGAGCACCUGCUGGCGCCCCAGCACAGCCUGGCCAAGAUCGAGCGCAACCUCGUCAACAGCCUCUUCCCGGUCAACCGCUCCAAACACCGGCUUUACUCGGACCUACAGACCCCUGGGCGCUACGGCCGGGUCAUCGUCACCUCCUUUCAGAAAGCCAACAUGCUGGACCAACAUCACACCGACUUGAUCUUAAAGCUACAUGCUGCUGUCACCAAGAUCCAGGUUCCAAGGCCUGGUUUUAAUUACACGUUUGCCCACAUAUGUAUCCUGAAUAACGAUAAGACUUGCAUUGUGGAUGAUAUAAUACACGUCCUGGAAGAGCUAAAGAAUGCUCGGGCCACCAACCGGACCAAUUUUGCUAUCACAUACCCGAUUACUCACUUAAAGGAUGGGAGGGCCGUGUAUAAUGGGCACCAGCUUGGAGGAGUCACUGUGCACAGCAAAGAUCGGGUGAAAUCUGCAGAGGCCAUUCAGCUCACCUACUACCUACAGUCAAUCAACAGUCUCAAUGACAUGGUGGCUGAGAGGUGGGAGUCCAGCUUCUGCGACACUGUCAGACUGUUCCAGAAAUCCAAUGACCAAGUCAAAAUAUACCCUUACACAUCCUCAUCACUGAGGGAAGAUUUCCAGAAGACCAGCCGUGUGUCAGAACGUUACCUGCUCACCAGCCUGAUCCUGGUGGUCACCAUGGCCAUCCUCUGCUGCUCUAUGCAGGACUGUGUCCGCAGCAAACCUUGGCUAGGCCUGCUUGGGUUGGUAACCAUAAGUCUAGCCACUCUCACUGCAGCCGGAAUCAUCAAUCUUACUGGUGGGAAGUACAAUUCCACCUUUCUAGGAGUCCCAUUCGUCAUGCUAGGUCAUGGAUUAUAUGGGACUUUUGAAAUGUUAUCCUCCUGGAGGAAGACUAAAGAAGACCAACAUGUUAAAGAGCGAACUGCAGCAGUCUAUGCAGACUCCAUGCUCUCCUUUUCUCUCACCACUGCCAUGUACCUGGUCACCUUUGGCAUAGGGGCCAGCCCUUUCACGAACAUUGAGGCAGCCAGAAUUUUCUGCUGCAAUUCCUGUAUUGCAAUCCUCUUCAACUACCUCUAUGUACUCUCGUUUUACGGUUCCAGCCUUGUGUUCACUGGCUACAUAGAAAACAAUUACCAGCAUAGUAUCUUCUGUAGAAAAGUCCCGAAACCUGAGGUAUUGCAGGAGAAACCGGCAUGGUACAGGUUUCUCCUAACCGCCAGAUUCAGUGAGGACACAACUGAAGGCGAGGAAGCGAACACUUACGAGAGUCACCUAUUGGUAUGUUUCCUCAAACGCUAUUACUGUGACUGGAUAACCAACACCUAUGUCAAGCCUUUUGUAGUCCUCUUUUACCUUAUUUAUAUUUCCUUUGCCUUAAUGGGCUAUCUGCAGGUCAGUGAAGGGUCAGACCUUAGAAAUAUCGUAGCAACUGCGACGCAAACCAUAGAGUACACUACUGCCCAGCAAAAGCACUUUAGCAACUACAGUCCUGUGAUUGGGUUUUACAUAUAUGAGUCCAUAGAAUACUGGAACACAAGUGUCCAAGAAGACGUUCUAGAAUACACGAAGGGGUUUGUGCGAAUAUCCUGGUUUGAAAGCUAUUUAAAUUACCUUCGGAAACUCAAUGUAACCACUGGCUUGCCUAAGAAAAAUUUUACAGACAUGUUGAGGAAUUCCUUUUUGAAAACCCCCCAAUUUUCACAUUUUCAAGAGGACAUCAUCUUCUCUAAAAAGUACAAUGAUGAGGUUGAUGUAGUGGCCUCCAGAAUGUUUCUGGUAGCCAAGACCAUGGAAACCAAAAGAGAAGAACUCUAUGAUCUCUUAGAAACCCUGAGGAGACUUUCAGUCACCUCCAAGGUGAAGUUCAUUGUGUUCAAUCCAUCUUUUGUGUACAUGGAUCGAUAUGCCUCCUCUCUGGGAGCCCCCCUGCACAAUUCCUGCAUCAGUGCUUUGUUCCUGCUCUUCUUUUCAGCAUUCCUGGUAGCAGAUUCUCUGAUUAACGUCUGGAUCACUAUAACAGUUGUAUCUGUGGAGUUUGGAGUGAUAGGUUUCAUGACCUUAUGGAAGGUAGAACUGGACUGCAUUUCUGUGCUAUGCUUAAUUUAUGGAAUUAAUUAUACAAUUGACAAUUGUGCUCCACUGUUAUCCACAUUUGUUUUGGGCAAGGAUUUCACAAGAACUAAAUGGGUUAAAAAUGCCCUGGAAGUGCAUGGGGUAGCUAUUUUACAGAGCUACCUCUGCUAUAUUGUUGGUCUGAUUCCUCUCGCAGCUGUGCCUUCAAAUCUGACCUGUACACUGUUCAGGUGCUUGUUUUUAAUAGCAUUUGUCACCUUCUUUCACUGCUUUGCCAUUUUACCUGUGAUACUGACUUUCCUGCCACCCUCUAAGAAGAAAAGGAAAGAGAAGAAAAAUCCUGAAAACCGGGAAGAAAUUGAAUGUGUAGAAAUGGUGGAUAUCGAUAGUACCCGAGUGGUUGACCAAAUUACAACAGUGUGACAGUGUCUGCUUGGUAUAGUUUCACCCUAGGUCUUAUCAAGAGCAAAGUGAUUAUGUUACUGAAGCAGCUACAUUCAAGAUCGUUCCCUUUUUUAAGGAUGAGAAGGCAUUACAAAAAAGUAAAGGACAAGGGGGGUAACUGGCAUGGCAAAUUUUCAAUCUUUAAAACAAAAAGGUUGUUAAAAGAAUGAAUUCACAUGCACGCACGCACACACACAUGCACAUGCACACACGUGGACCUUAGGAGACUUAUAGUCUCUUAAGAUCAAAUAGAAGAAAGCUUAUUAACAGGCAGGAUCCUAUUUUAUCAAUACUGCAGAUGUUGCUGGUAUUGUGAUAAAAGCAACUGAUUGAAAGGUCAGCUGCCAAGGCAGAAAUAGCUUUAAGCAUUAUUCAAACAACAAGGCUUUCAAAAUUUUCCCAGGGCAGUAGCUGUAGUCAUUGUCUGUGGUUUGAGGUCUUGGCUGUCUCAACGAACUACCCAACACCUAAGGAGAUGUUUUUGAAAAUUCUGACCAGCAAAAUCAAGCCAAAACCUCAAAGCAGACGUGGUAGAGUGGUCAUCACCCAUGAUCUGAAAUUGAGUCACCCCUGAAUUCACCUGGGUGAGGCAGUUUUGCUGUCUAGAAUGAAUGCAUCAUGUUCCCCGUUGAUAUACUUUUAACAUUUGUGUAGUUCAGUUAAUACACCUAAAAAACAAUGCCAGCUUGAGCAUUACAGAAUUGGGGCAAUUCUAUUUUGGAAUAUUUUGUCACUUCUCUCCAAAUGGGCCUGCUUUAUUAGUUACAGCUUUUGGCAGGAGGCUCUAGGGACAUAAAAUCACAACUUCAAACCCAAAUACCUGGCAUGAUGGAGAAAAGCAGGUGUCCACUUGAACCUAGGGACAGUUUCUCCAUUUUAACAACAACAACAACGAAAGCCAGCUGGUACAGCUGUUUGUGGUUUGGCCCUACAUGCAUUUUUGCAUGGAUGCCCAGAAACAACAUCUGCCCAUAUAUAGAAGAGAAUGGGAAGAUGAGUGCUGAAAUAGUUAUUUGCCAUAGUUGCCAAUUUGUAGUACCAGUCUGCUUUUGCUAUGGGCCAUGAUUUCUCAGGGACUUAAGAAUGGGGGAAAAGAUCUUUAAUGACUCUAAAUCCUGACAUGGAGAAACUUUAUAGAAGUAUAAGGAGAUAAAGAGCCAAAAAGAAAAUAGAUGUAAAUUACCAGGAAAAGUAGUCACCCAUACAAAUCUAUUAACAAUAGCAGUCAAACUUUCCUGCUAAAUUGGCUAUCCUUUACCUCUAUCCCCCCAACACACCUUUUUUGGUGCCCCUCUACUUCACUCCAAGGCCCUUCUUGUACAUUAGCAAGCCCAGAUAUUUAUAUGUUGACUUGCAAAAUCAAUGGGGGAAGUGGUUCAUAGGUCCAAAGAGAAAUGUUUUGUUCUGAAGAAAUCUAUAAGAAUAAAACUAAAACCUGGUUAUAGUUGAGGCAAACAUCUGCAGUAUUUUCUCCUUGUAGAGAUGUGGCUUCUUUAGACAUCUAUAGUGGUAUGCAUUUCCCAAAAGCAUCUUACCUUUCUGGCCUUUAGCAGAGAUAUUGUGUGACUUCUCCAUCCUCCUCAGAGAUCCUCUAGGUCUUCUGAGACCUAGCAGAAUAAAAUGACUCACCCAGGUCACCCCACUAGAGAAUUCUCAUCAUUUUAGUGUGCCUAAGACAAGGCAGCUCAAUAUUAGGUUUUCUCAUAAGACAAAUAUUACCCCCCUUGAAAUACAUUUCUAAGACAGGAACAUAGGACUUUAUUGCCACUGGGCAGACACUUUUUAAAUGUUUUGGAUGAAAAUGUUUGGGCUUUCAGUUUGCCAUUGUCUUUCUAAAUAGCAAAAAAAAAACACACACACACACAAAAAAAACA